AAAACCCCUUUAACUUCUAACGGAGACAAAUCCAAAACAAUAAACAAGAUUAGAAAACAACAAAAUUAACCUAUGUAUGUUGUACGUCCAUUUGGGUUCUGGUCUGACUACGUGCUUCUAGUUGGUUUUCUGUAGUGUAGGCUACUUUGCAUCGAAGUAGAAUGAGCUCGUACGUGGGAAACUCUUUUUGUAACCAAACGCACGAUGCACCCUCCUAUGGUAUGCGCACUUUUGAUAACUAUGGGACUGUCUCAGAGUUUCAGCAGUCCAGUUAUGCUUACGGAGGGCUCGAUCUCAGUGGAACGUUAGCUUCUCAAGUCGUUUCCGAGUCUCCGAAACGGGAGGCGAUGAAUAAGCACAACAGUGCCAGGAUCAACGCUUCACCACAUCGCCAGGCUUGCGCAGCUCUCGGUUCCCCAAGUCGUGUCAGUACACGCGGGUACAACCUGCUCAGCCAAGGACUGUUGAGCCAAAAAACAGAGAUGAUUAUGGAAGUUACGGAAAAACCCAGCGGCAAAAGUCAGCCUGGUGAAAUGGAGAUCACGCCAACGACUAAACCACAAACUAACUCGAGUGAGCACCAGACCCAGUCGCAACCGCAGAUAUACCCGUGGAUGACCAAGCUACACAUUAGCCACGACUCAGACGGUAAAAGGUCACGAACCAGUUACACCCGAUACCAGACUUUGGAGUUGGAGAAAGAGUUCCAUUUCAACCGAUACCUCACACGUCGCAGGCGAAUCGAGAUUGCCAAUAACCUAUGCCUGAAUGAGAGACAAAUUAAAAUUUGGUUCCAGAACCGUCGCAUGAAGUGGAAGAAGGACUCAAAGCUGAAAGUUAAAGGUGCACUAUAUGAUAAGGUGGUAUAGCAAAUAUACCUGCAAACCAGAAAAGUUUAUUAAUAUAAAUGUUUCAAGGUCCUUGCUUUUUAAAGCUGACAACAGAUUAUAACUGAUAGAUUACAGUCUUAAUUUAUUGUAAGUAUGUAACGUUUUGUCCUCACAAUUUGUUCAUCUGACGACACACUGACAACGGGGUGGAGUUUAUUUGGGGUACACCCAAUCCACAACUUGCAGCAGGUUAACAAGUGCACAUGCAAUUCGAAUUAUUUAAAAUUAUUUUUAUGGCAUAUUAAUUCAGUAUUUGGUUUGCAUUGUUUUUUUAAAUGGAUGUCUGUUUAUAUGAUAUGAUAAUAUAAUAUUACUCAUUGUAUGUUCCAAUUAGAUGGUCAUGCUUACAUAUUGUGUAAAUGUAAUGCUGAAAAUGAAGGCUUAGAAUGUGUGAUUUUCCACAAUUGGCUGUUUGUAUUAGCAUCAAUGCGAUGCAACAACAACAACAAAAAGUUUUCCAAGUGUAAUGUUCAGUUCUCAGAGUUCAAAUGUUGCACCUGUAUGAAAAUGUGGUUUUUUAACGUACAUUUUACAUGUCACAUGUCAAAAUCAAAUGUGGUCCAUCCGAUGGUAAUAAUAAUCGAAAUAAAAUGAUUAGCAGAUCACCUUUUUUUAAAUCCUUAUUCAGUCCAUUACCAACAAGAAACAUUCACAACAAUGCAACAUGAAUGAGAUGGGAAGAUGUAUAUCUUCAAUAAAGGCCCUAUUGUUCAGUGAUCUCUUGUGUGGUUAUGAGAAGUUAGACCAUAUAAGACUUUGAUAUUUAGAGUUUAUAUAAAAAAGCAAAAAUGGUCUUAUUAUCUGAAUGUACCUGCAGAAAAAUCAUAAGGAUUUUAAAUAAUGAGGUACAAUGGGAUCUCUCCGGUCAUCUCCCUUGGGCCAAUUAUUUACGGUAGUCCUCAGACUGAGGCAUAAAACUUUAUGACCCCAAUAAAGUUUUACUGCGUUUCCUCACACCUCUCAAACAGUGACAACUGUUUCCUAUUUCAACAGACGAUCGGAAGUUUGAACAUUUGUGAUCUACAUAGUGUAAAGAAUG